GCGUUACACUGACACAAUCAAAUAUGUCGUUAUGCACCCACAGUGAUACUGCGUGUAAUAUUCUGCAAGGUGAAGGCCACGAGAGCUGACACGAUUAUACACUGAGCUGCAGCUGUUGUGCAUCGCGUUGUUAAUCUCCUCAUUAGGUGACAGUGCAUUUGUGAUGACACAGAACCGGAUACAAUAUGAUGUUAGGAAGUGUGGAGAUUCAGGGGUAUUUAUUUACAGAAUUCAUUUCACUGUGAACGCUUGUAAACACUUCCGUGGUAACUGACGAGCAUAUCUAUUUAUAGCUAUGAUCGCUCCAGUUUAUUGCCAUGUAUUUGUGUAGAAACGUUUGAAUUCUGAAUCUGGGAUAUGAAUAUUGAUGUUUCAUGGUUUCAAUGUGUGUGUAAUGUGUUGUCGCUGUGUGGUUGACGUGUUGCUGAUACCACCUCACGCACUGACCCACACGCUAACUGGUGUUUCAGCAUAGAGUCCAUGAUAUACAAGACAUAUAUUUACACAUUCACAUAUAUCUAACGUGUAAUCCAUCUUCGUGGCGGCUGAAUACCAGACAAAUCAAUCCUGCAGUCGUGUAUUAGUCAGUCACCGUAUAUUGCUGCCACACACCCGUGAAACAGGCUAGUGAUUUUUCUGAAACACCUGACCCAUAUAUAACAAUAGACAAGGUACGUCAGUCGCUCCGCUCAACUUAAGGUUGUUUGUGUACGAGCCGGAACCUCCGCUGGCCUGAAGUUUGUGUGUACGAGCCGGAACCUCCGCUUGCCUGAAGUCUGUGUGUACGAGCCGAAAAAACUCCGCUCAUGUGAAGUUUGUGUGUCCGAGCCAGAACCGCUGCGCGCCAGAAGUUUGUGUGUACGGGUCGGAACCUUCGCUUAUGUGAAGUUUGUGUACACGGGCCGGAACUUCCGUUCACCUGAAGUUUUUGGACACGGUCAUUAGUGUUUCAUAGAGUCCAUAAUAUACAAUAUAUAUAUGUACACAUUCACAUAUAUAUUACGUCUAAUUCAUCUUCGUGGUGGCUGAAUACCAGACAAAUCACCCUGCAGUCGUGUUUUCGCCAGUCAUCGCAUAUUGCCGCCACAGCCCCGUGAAGCAGGAUAGUGAAACACCGCCAUAUAUAUAGACAAGCAUUCAAGAAUUGCCGGCAUGGGUCUCUCUUGGAUUAUAAUAUUUUCUGGUUUUAUGAUCAAACUGUGUGGACCAAGCUUGAGCUACGUUGCUGGGGUGUACCACGUGGCUCUGAUGGAACAAUUUGAUGACAUUGAGGUCGUUUCUUGGCUGGGAUCAAUGUUUGCUUGCAUGUAUUCUUUGACAGGUCCGCUAGCCAGCCUCGUUAUCAACUCCUAUGACUGUAGGACCUGCGUGAUACUGUCAGGGCUGCUGGGGCUGCUAGGAUUUGGCGCCAGCUUCUUCAUCUACGACAUCAAGCUGCUGUUUAUUUCAUACGCACUUGUUGCAGGUUUGGGGACAGGAUUCGCCCAAGGUGGAUGCAUGGUGUCUAUUGGCUAUCAUUUCCCGAAGACAUCCAGUUUAGUUUCCGGUGUCAUCACAUGCGGUUCUGGCCUUGGUGUUUUCAUCCAUCCAAUCCUGAUUCGAUAUCUGCUGAACCAAUAUGGCCUCCAGGGAGCAUUCCUUCUCAACGGCGGUGUCAUGUUUAAUCUCUGCGUUUUUGCAAUGCUCUUGGAACCGUCUCCAUUUGAAACAGAACGGAAGAGACAGCCUGCCACAACGCAACUGUCCUGCGGGCAAGCUAUGCAGGCAUUUUAUAAACACUGUAGGCAGUUUAUAACCGUUUUCAAAAGCCUGUCAUUUACGAUGCUUUUAUGCAGUAUUUUUUGCUACUCUAUGUCAAUAUCAACACUGUAUCUCUUCUUGCCUGACUUCUUGUACGAGAACGGAGCGUCACUACAAGACUCCUCCCUUGCCAUUUCCUCUUCUGGUAUUGGAAGUAUCCUGUCCCGUUUUCUCGUGGGAUUUGCAGCCAACGAUACCUCAGUUGGCAGUGGUGUAUUCUAUAACUGCUUACCAAGUGUUGUCGCAACUUUGACCUUAUUUCUACCGUUCUUCAGCCUUACAACAGGCGGGAGAAUCAUGUACGGAUUUCUAACGGGAUUAUACACAGGCGGCCAGUUUGUGGUAUUGAUACCGAUAAUCCUGGAAACUCUUGAUGACAAGUUCCUCGCUUCGGGGGUGGGAAUAACGUCAUUCUCGUGCGGAAUAGGAACUCUUCUCGGACCCCCAAUAGCAGGAGUUAUAUACAAGAAAAGCGGACAGUACAUCGUCGUGUUUAUGUUCUCAGCUGCUAUGCUGUUUCUGACAAGUGCCACCGGGUUCUGUUCCACGCUGCUGAGACGGUCAACGGACAGCUGUGAACAUGGACGUGAACCUGACAUCACGUCGACUGAAGCGCCCUCUGAAGCAGACCCUCUGGCGCGUUAAGUAACAUUUGGUGCAGUGUGUGUGUGUUUUUCUUUGUGUGUGUGUGUCUUUGUGUGUGUGUGUGUGUGUGUGUGUGUGUGUGUGUGUGUGUGUGUGUGUGUGUGUGUGUGUGUGUGUGUGUGUGUGUGUGUGUGUGUGUGUGUGUGUGUGUGUGUGUGUGUGUGUUUAUGUAUGUCUAUGUGUGUGUGUUUGUGUUUGUGUUUGUAUGUUGAAUGAAGGUUGAUAAAGUGGUUUAUUGUAAAUCUGGGAAGAACUCAAUAAAGCAUUGAAAGUUU